AAGGGAGAGUAACAGACGGAAGACUCUGGUAAUGUGCUUAAUACCGGUUUAACCGGUUUCCCACACUGAGGGGAGUGGCUGUGUUCAGCCUUGCGCACUACACCACUCAGGACUUCACUGACUUUUUAUCACACUGUUCAGAGCAGGAGCAAGCGAUUUUAGACGCCAGACGCGCUUAUAGCGACAAAAACAAGCUGAAGCAAGAAGCCAAACUCCUGAACGGAGCAGCGAGUGUUGUUGGAGUCGACUCUGGAAAAACAAAAGCCACAGAAUGCCUGAGGAAGAAGAUCAUUACGGAAAGCAUGGUGAACCCAGAAAAUAUGACCCCAGCUUCAAAGGGCCAAUCCAUAAUAGAGGCUGCACAGACAUUUUAUGCUGUAUUCUUUUCAUCUUGGCCAUAGUUGGAUAUGUCGCUGUGGGAGUACUAGCAUGGUCUCAGGGUGACCCUAGGAAGGUGAUCUACCCCACAAACAGCAGAGGGGAAUUCUGUGGUCAAGUUGGCACUCCUUUGGAGAACAAGUCCUUCCUGUUGUAUUAUAACAUCCUGAAGUGUGCCAGUCCUGUAGUCCUGCUAGAGUUCCAGUGUCCCACCACUCAGAUUUGUGUGGAGAAAUGUCCUGAUCGAUCCAUGACUCUGGUAAAUGCCAUUGUUAAUACCGGACACUGGAAUUACUACAAACCCUUCUGUAUACGAGACCCAGGCAACAUGGCAGUUCCUGAGAUCCUGAAACACCGGAUUUGUCCUGCAAUGCUCAUCUCUAGCAAACCAUUCACACGGAGGUGUUUCCCCGCUCUUGGCAUCAAGGGGAAUGAGGUCACUGUAGGAAACAGUACCGAUUUUCAGGAUGGAGAGGGUAGAACUGUACAGGCCAAGGACCUACUGCCUGCUGUAAAGAAUGCCACUAUAGUUGCUGAAACUCGAAUCGUGGUAAUGAAGAUCUUUGAGGAUUUCACACAGUCUUGGUAUUGGAUACUCCUUGGUCUGGUCAUAGCAACAAUUCUGAGUCUGAUCUUCAUCGUACUGCUGAGGUUCUUGGCUGGCAUCAUGGUCUGGGUUAUGAUUGUCAUGGUCAUCCUCGUCAUUGGAUACGGUAUCUUCCACUGCAGUAUGGAGUACGUUCAUCUAAAGAACGCCCCUGGGGCCAACAUCACCCUCGUGGAGCUGGGUUUCCAGAUGGACUUGAAUGUGUACCUGCAUAUCAGGCAGACCUGGUUAGCCUUCAUAAUCAUUCUGGCAAUAUUGGAGCUCAUCAUCAUCCUGCUCCUUAUCUUCCUCAGAAAGAGAAUAUUAAUCGCCAUUGCUCUCAUCAAAGAGGCCAGCAGGGCCAUCGGUCACGUGAUGUCAUCGCUGUUUUACCCUCUGUUAACCUUCCUUCUCCUAGCCAUAGUCAUUGCGUACUGGGCCAUCACAGCUGUCUUCCUCUCCACAUCCAAUCAGGCAGUGUAUAAAGUGUUUAAUCAGACUGAGUGCCCUUAUGCAAGGAGAACCUGCAACCCUGAGAACUACACCGGCACUGAAAUGGCGAUACAGUGCCCAAAUUCUCAGUGCCUUUUUGCUUUCUACGGUGGCGAAUCUGCCUACCACAAGUACCUCAUCCUCCUGCAGUUCUACAACGUCUUCCUCUUUUUCUGGUGUGCCAAUUUCGUGACAGCCUUGGGUCAGAUGACUCUGGCAGGUGCCUUUGCUUCCUACUACUGGGCAUUCAGCAAGUCUAAUGAUAUGCCUGCCUGCCCAGUGUUUGCCUCAUUUGGCAGAGCUCUCAGGUAUCACACAGGCUCUCUUGCGUUUGGUUCUCUCAUCUUGGCAAUCGUCCAGGUCAUCAGGGUUCUGCUGGAGUACCUGGACCACAAACUAAAAGGGGCACAGAAUAAAUUUGCCAAGUUCCUUCUCUGCUGCCUCAAGUGCUGCUUCUGGUGCCUGGAGAAAUUCAUCAAGUUCAUCAACAGGAAUGCUUACAUCAUGGUGGCCAUUUAUGGUAAAAAUUUCUGCACUUCAGCCCGAGAUGCCUUCUUCCUUUUGAUGAGAAAUGUGAUCAGGGUUGCUGUCUUGGACAAGGUCACAGACUUCUUGUUGUUUUUGGGGAAGCUCCUUAUUGUGGGCAUUGUAGGUAUCCUUUCCUUCUUCUUCUUCUCUGGGAGAGCAAAAGGAGUGGAUCUUGUUCCUAAUUUGCACUAUUACUGGGUGCCCAUUCUGACGAUCAUCGUGGGCUCCUACUUUAUUGCCCAUGGCUUCUUCAGUGUGUAUGCCAUGUGUGUCGACACACUCUUCCUUUGCUUCUGCGAGGACCUGGAGCGCAACGACGGCUCUGCGGCUCGACCGUAUUACAUGUCGUCAACACUGCAUGAGAUCCUGUUGAAAAACACGGAGGAGCCCGCUGUCAGCUCUCCAUCUUCACCUCAGGAGGAAGAGGUCCCUCUGAGAACACAAAAGGCCUCCAUGGAAUGAGACUAGCAUGAGCCUCCAAAGAUUAGUCAUUCUGUCUAAGUUUCAUAUUUGAGUGUGCAGAUGUUUAGAUCUCCUUACAUUUGUGAAAAGUGCUCACUAUUAUGACAUAGACUGACAGGUACUGAUAAUCUGUUCAAUCUAUUGUUCCUGUUAUUAUAAUUGUGGGAUUAAUUCAGUGGCAUAGUGAUUUCCUCGUGCUUUUAAAGCUCGAAAUUGGCGUGUUGAUUGAAAUCAUUUUCUUUAAACAAAGCUGCUUGCAAGUGAGACAGAACACAACUGAGCAGUUGAGAGUUAAGAGCCUCGCAUGGACCCCACAGUAGUGGUGUAUGUGUCUUGUGCAGGAAAUGGCAAGUUUUAAAUGUACCAAUGUACGUUUCUGAGAUCAUUCUCCCAUUCUCCAAAAAAACAAAACAAAAAAACAACAAAACUAUUAUAGGCUGAGGAGAAUGGAUGUUGCCCUAUAGCUUAAACUAUAGCCAAUUACAAGUGUGAGGAUUCUUGUCUUUUACAUAUGUUUUGUAAAAGAAAUACUGAAUAUUCAUUUGGCAGUUUAAUAGGCACUCUUAAAGCCUAUACCUAUAUCAUUCACUGAAUCUUUGUAGUGCACCUAUUUGUUAUUGAGUGCAGCCCAUUGUACAUUGAAGCUGUCCUGGUGGCUCUUGAACUUCCGACACCUUGCUAAGACACUUUGUUGGUUUUCCUUUAAUUUGUAACUUGACUGUAUGUGAAGAAUCCAGGAAGUAACAGAGGCGUACUUCAGUUGCAGCACAGUACAUAAAAGUUCCAUAGAAACACCUUGGAAGUGUUUUUCAGUGGGCAUGUCAUUAAUUUCUCAGAAGCACUUUACAUAGCUGAAAAAUGUUUGUCUGAAACACACUGUUUCUUUGGAAACUUUGUGUUAUAUGCAGCCAUUUUUACUACCUCUGCACACUUUAUAUGCACUCACCAGCCACUUUAAUAGGAACAGAUAUACCCCUGCUCAUUCAUGCAAUUAUUCAGUCAGCCAAAUGUGGCAGCAGUGCAAUGCAUACAAUCUCUGGCCCCAACAACCAGUGAAUGAGAUCUAUUUUUUUUCCCCAUUCUGAUGUUUGAUAUGAGCAUUAACUGAAGCUCUCGACCUGUAUUUGCAUGAUUUUAUGCACUGCACUGCUGCCACAUGAUUGGCUAACUGGGUAAUUCCAUGGCUGCUCAGGUGUACCUAAUAAAGUGAUUGAGUGUAUACAGAACUGUGCAAAAGUCUCAGACAAAUGUAAAGAAAAUCUGUUCUCUUAGGUACACUGCUGUGCAGUUUUAUAAUGUAAUUGGAUUGUAGGUUGUUUUAAGCAUAUUGGAGACCUUGCCACAGCUCUUUUCUGGACUUUUACUGUCUCAUUUGCUUCACUUUCUGCAUCUAAUAUCAGACCACUUCAAUGUUUUUUUUUUUUUUUUUUUUUUUUAAAUCUGAAAAGUGACCUAUUACUUAAUGUAAAACAGAUCCAUAAACAUGACACCUCGGUGAAAAAAAAAAAAAAACACUGAACCUCUCCCUUUAAUGACAGGAGUUCAGUACUCCUGUGGUGUAUCCAGGUUUACGUUCUGUCUGUGCCAUGUGGCGUUUUAAUUGUAUGAAAGCUGCAUGGGGAUGACACUUGAAGAUGGGCUGGCAGGUUGUUUCAAUAUUUAAGGAAAGUGUAUACAGUCAUUCUUCUUGUGGUGCCACCUGUUCUGUGAUAGGAAUAAUACACUGCUACUAUGCUACUAUGCAUUUACUUCGUAGCUGUAAGUAUUUGUCUAAUAUUAAUGAAAUCUGCUGAUAAGGUGAUGCUCAGGCUAGGUUUUGCUGGAUUUGUAAACUAUUUUUUUUAAUGCAAAUGCUACCACCAGUAAGUGCUGUUUUUCAUAUAAUUGAUUUUGAAUGUCAUUGGCAGUUAGAUACGCAUGUUUCAAUGUUAUUUUCUAUUGAUAGCUGCACUUUUUCCAGACAUUAAGCCUUAUCUCUCCAAAGAAAGCACCACUUUGCCUUGAACUGUAACCACAAUGAAUAUGCCCUGUUUGUCUAGAAGGACUUCUCAGCUUUGUUCUUCUUUGCACUUUUAACUGUCUGAGAGUGGUGCCUUUUAAUCUGUCUAUUAAAAUGUAUAUAUGUUAA